GUAGAGAGAGAAAGAGCGUUUCGUUUAUUUUAUUUAAUUUUUGGGUGUGUUUAGCAGCUCGAUAGUUCUAGAGAGAGAAAAUGUUGGGUGUGUUUAGCAGCUCGAUAGUUUCUCCGCCGGAGGAGUUGGUGGCGGCCGGAAGCCGGACCCCGUCUCCGAAGACCACGGCGGACGCUCUGGUGAACCGGUUCCUCAAAACCAACUCGUCGGCGGUGUCCGUGCAGAUAGGCGACGAUGCUCAGCUCGCUUACUCUCACGCCAACGAGUCCGCUUUACAGCCCAGACUGUUUGCGGUUAAGGAUGAAAUAUUUUGCUUGUUUGAGGGAACACUUGACAACUUAGGGAGUUUGAGGCAACAGUAUGGCCUUGCAAAGUCUGCGAACGAGGUGGUUUUGGUCAUUGAAGCUUACAAGGCGCUUCGGGACCGGGCACCUUACCCUGCAAACCAUGUUGUAGGUCACCUUGAGGGCAACUUUGCUUUCAUAGUGUUUGACAAGUCCACCUCCACCUUGUUUGUGGCUACUGAUCAAACUGGCAAGGUCCCUCUGUACUGGGGAAUCACUGCUGAUGGAUGUGUGGCAUUUGCUAAUGAUGCUGAUCUGCUCAAGGGUUCUUGUGGCAAGUCACUUGCUUCCUUCCCACAAGGGUGCUUCUUCUCCACAGCAGUGGGAGAACUGAAAUGCUAUGAGAAUCCUAAAAGCAAGAUCACUGCCAUACCUGCUCCAGAGGAGGAAAUUUGGGGGGCCAAGUUUAUGGUUGAGGGAGGGCCAGCAGUUCUUGCAGCAACAAAAUAGAUCUAUCCCUCUUUACAGAGAUAGAUCCUCUUUUAACAGUGGUGACCAGGGAAGAGAGAGAGAGGAUGCAAGGGGAAGAUAGGGAGCAAUAUAAUGUAAAUAAGUGAAUGACAAAGGUCCCUUAGCUGUUUAUUACAGUACUAUUUUACUUAGAGUGAGAUGCAGUAAUCUUUAUGCUAAGUUGUUUUCUCUGCUUUAGAAUGAAUGUAGAUUUUGGGGUUUGUUUGUUUCAAUUUCGCCAUUGUAAAGCUAAGCUAGCUGUUUCUUCCUUGUUCAAUCUAAUAAAUGACAGUCUUGUAUGUGUCAUCACAUCAUUACA